GGUACCCAAUCGUUUUCUCUACUUACGGUGUAAAAAUAAAGCAUACUUUACAAUUGUGUGAACAAAGAAAUGUUAUCAUAUCGCUGGUUAUUUUGCAAUAACAAUGGCGAAUUUCCCCGGACUUGAGAGUCUCUUUGCCAGCAUAGAAUCGAAAAUUAGGUCGAACUACGAUGGAUUAAUCUGUUUUAUCCAUUGGAAUGUAGUGAACAAGGGAUUCAGAUGUGUGGGUCAUGGCGAUGAUACAUCAUCAUCAAACAAGAAAAGUGAAUUAUUACCAGCCAUGUGGAAUAGCUCCCAGGAGGAGUAUGUCAUCAGAUAUGUACCUGAAAACUCUGAAGACCAGCACCUGUUGAAAUGCAUUGUCAUGGGGGACACACUUCUCGUCAAUUUUAUGCGUCUGAAGGAUGAGAAAGUGAGCAGUUUAACACUAGAUGUUGAUCAGUAUGUAAACAAAGAACAUCUCAAAGACUAUGAUCGUAUUUAUAGAGACAAAGAACUCCUUCACCAGCUGAUUAAUGAUGAUCUGAUAGCACCUUUAAACAAGAAUCAGACCCCCUCAACCUCUUCCCAGCAGGCACAGCCAACCAGACAAUCCACAGAGCAGAGACAGGGUAGGGAGAGGGAGACGGAUCCCCUUAGGGACCCUGACCCACUCAGAGACACAGACCCCCUAAGAAUACCCCCUAGACAUCCAGGUCAAGCUGGUCGUCCAGAAUGGGGGCAACCUCGGGAUCCUUUUGCUGUUGGUGAUGAUGACCUGGAUCCUUUUGGACCCGGUGGAGCAGGGAUGUUCAUGGAUCCAUUCAGAGGAGGAAUGCCACACAGAGGCAUUGAUCCUGGAAUAGGAAUGCCUGGGGGAAGAUUACCAAGAGGGGCGGUACCACCAGGAGCCCGAUUUGACCCCAUUGGUCCACCCCGACCCGGUGGACCAGGAGGAGGACCACAGGGAGGGUUUGAUGGGGGUCCAGAUCCAGAUCAUCUUCCCCCUCCUGGCUACGAUGAUAUGUUCAUGUGAGGGUCACAUUGAUACAGAGACUGAUAUGAUUGGAUUUCAUCAGGAAAGCUUAGGGUCAUUUACACUUGAUGUAAUAAACUGUCAAAACAUCUUACUGGGAA